AUGUUUACUGACUUACAUCGGCAAUUCGACGAAGCCUUAAGAAAGCCCGGCCCUGUUUCCGAUUUCUUAUAUGUAUGCGAGGAGAAAUCUGGAUUUGAAAGGUCUACAAUAGUUUAUGGAGGAGUGUUCCUUCUCUUCCUUUAUCUGCUUCUGGGGUAUGGUGCCAACGCAUUAGUGCUACUGCCUAUCAAUCGUGAGUUUCUUGUUCUCCUUCUACAAAAUACUUUCAGUGUGAAAGCCAUAGAGAGUGAAUCAAAGGAGGAUGAUACCCAGUGGUUGGUUUAUUGGGUAUCCUUCGCAUCUUUACAGCUCUUUGAAGCCAUCACUUUCUCUCUCACUCAGUUCGUCCCAUUUUAUCCCAUUCUGAAGUGCCUAUUUCUGCUUCAUUGUAUGGCACCCAUUCCGCAAAAUGGUUCCACUCAGGUCUACAACUAUGUGAUUCGACCGCUGUUCCUGAAGCAUUCGGCAAAGAUUGAUGCUGCGUUAGACACGGCUGUUGAGGUGGCCGAGCAGUUGGCUGUCGCAAAUUCGAACGUCACGGUAAUAUCCGAUGCGGUGCGUGUGGUCGUCUGUUUGAUACAGCACGUGGCCUAUCCUGUCACCGGCGGAUUCACAGAUACUAACGAGAAGACCGGUAUAGAAGCAGCUGAUACUGCGGUGUCAUAUUUGUGGAAAGCGCUCAAAAGUCAAAAGUGAACAUGCGACGUUUUCGUCGUGAAUAACCAAGUCCGCGCACGUUGUGCAAACUUAAAGCUGUUUUAUCUAGUGCCAACCAUUUUCAGUGUUUUGUUUUUGUUUUGUUUUCCCGUCUUCUUUUUUCCCGCAAUCUCCACUGUGCUUUCACUGCUGACAUUUGUGUUUUGGUCCUCUUAACGGACGUAUUUUGUUCAAAUUUAUGGCUGCAAGCGCACUCGUGUCAAAUGAACGCAUUGUCGC